CACACCUUGCUUUCUUGGCACAGAGGGACGAUUUGACUUUCAAUCACCAUCUCGUCCCGUUUCUGUGUAAAAUGAUGUGAUGUCAUCUCACCGUCUGGAUAUUCAGCUGCACUGAAUUAUUUGACAUCCAGUGCAAUAUAGUCUGCGAUGCUCUCCGAGAAGGAAAAGGAUCUCAUUAAUGAAAUAUGGGAACGAGUGACUCCUGUGGCAGGAGAUAUUGGGGCAGAGGCACUUCAUAGGAUGUUUACCUGUUUCCCAGGUACCAAGACAUACUUUGCCCAUCUAGACAUCAGCCCUCGCUCCCCUCACCUGCUGUCUCACGGGAAGAAGCUAGUUCUGGCCAUCGCUGAGGGAGCCAAAGACAUCAGCCAGCUGACCGUCACUCUGGCUCCUCUGCAAACUUUUCACGCCUACCAGCUCCGGAUAGACCCCACCAACUUUAAGCUCUUGUCACACUGUAUGCUCGUCACCCUGGCCUGUCACCUGGGCGAAGAAUUCUCACCGGUUGAACACGCAGCAAUGGACAAAUUCCUGUCAGCUUUUGCAGCCGUGCUCGCCGAGAAAUACAGAUGAGACCCGUCCAUGUGCUUUGAAGAAGUGGACAAACCAUUUAUGAUGCCAUAUGAUAUGAGUUAUUUAUGUAUAUGUUGUUGUUAUAAUGUAUUUUUGUAAUAAUAAAAAUGUGCAA